AUGGCCGGAGCACUCAAGCUGAAAAACAAGGCCACCAGGAGGACUCCCAAGACCCAGCGCCGCCACAAGCUGCUCAGCAACGCCCAGCGAUCAGUCACCAAGCAGAAGCGAACCACCAACCCGAAACCGCUGGCCAUCCUGAUCGCCGAGCAAGAGAUCUUGCAACUGGGCGUCGUAGGCGGACAACGGGCCCCGCGCGAAGGAUGGUGCAGCUUCUGCUCCCGAGAGGGCGGCUUCGACGACCUCAAGGGGAACAUCGUCCGCGGCGAGAUCCCCAUCUCGCUCAUCGCCCACUCGCUCAACUCCUCCAACGACCCGAACCCCAUCGACCCGCUCCCAGGCUCCUCCUCAUCCCCCGCCGCUGCGCCCCGUCGCAGAGGCAAGGGCGAAAUGGUCAGCUGUUGGGAAUGCGGACAGAGCGGCCAUUUUAGCUGCAUGGAGCUCAACAACUUGACCAUCAAAAGCCACGUCAAAUCCUACCCGUGGCUCUGUCUAGAAUGUAGACGGUGCCAUGGGUGCGACAAGAAAGGCGACAACGACCACAACAUGCUGUUAUGUGCAGUGUGUGAUCGCGGCUGGCAUGGCGAAUGUCUGAAUCCGCCUCUAAAAAUCGUACCUUCUGGCGACUUUACAUGUCCCUUCGACCACCAGUCCACCCAAUGCAUAUCGCCGCUUCCAGACUCACUCACCCUCCCGCCUCUUUCGCCCGCCCAGCGCGCCGCCGCGAGCUUCCCGAUCGCCGCCAACAACACGCCGCUCAAAGCAAAUCCGACGAAAGCCAACAACAACCGGGCAACUGUCACCAAGAAACGCAAGAUGAAAUGCUUGCGGUCGGAUGACGAUGACGAGAGCUUGGGCUCUUUCGAGAAGGACGGCGCCGAGCCGACGGAGAUCCGGGCGUCUAAGAAGAUUACUACUGCUGGUAAACCCAGGAAUGGAACCAAGGCUACAGCCAAGCGUCUUCUUACAACUUCGAGUAGUCUUUCGCCGCUGAGGAAGCAAACCUCGAGCUCUACUCUCGAUCCACUCUCAAUUCCAGCAGACGGAUCAGAUGGGAAUAUGGAUGAUGCACAAGAUGAGGGCGGAGAAGGACUCUAUCCAGCCAAGCAGUCGAAUCCGUUCGAAGGUGUGCUCACCGAGGAGGAAGCGGCGAUUGGUGAUCGGAUCAUCUGCGAAGAGGACCUGUUAAGGUUCAAGCAAAGUCUGGAAAGGUCCAAGGUUCGCAUGGAGGCUUUGGCUUCCGAAUCCGCCGAAAAGACUUCUGCCCCUUCGCCCUCUAUGGCUGCAGGGCCGUCCCCAUCGAGCGGCAGCCUGGAGGUUCCACGGCUAGCGGCCGUCCGGGACCGUCGAAGCGGCGUGCCUGGCACAAGUCCAUCCAGAGGAGGACGGAUGACGCCGACAGUCUCUACGCCCGAGAUCGAGGUGGAUGAAGUCUCCUCGAACUCAUCCACCCAUCCCGAAGAACCUGUCAAGAAGAAAGACCAGCCAAUCAGGAAGAGCAGAAGGGGGGAAGUCCAACCGACCAGCAUCAUCAAGUCGAUCCGCUUCGGAGAGUACGAGAUCGACGUGUGGUAUCAGGCGCCCUACCCGGAAGAGUACUCGAAGCUGCCCGACGGGAGACUGUGGAUCUGUGAGCGAUGUCUGAAGUACUUCAAGACCGAGUUCGAGAUCUCGCGACACCGGAUGAAGUGCAAGAACUUCUACCCCCCGGGGGACGAGAUCUACCGGGAUAACGACGAGUCGCAUGGGGUGCGGAUCCAGAUCUUCGAAGUGGACGGACGGAAGAACAAGAUGUAUUGCCAGAACCUCUGUCUCCUGUCGAAGAUGUUCCUCGACCACAAGACGCUCUACUACGACGUCGACCCCUUCCUCUUCUACGUCAUCACCCAGACCCCUAUCUCUCCCACGUCCGACUCCUCUGCGCCCGCUGAUCCCCGCUGCCAGUUCGUCGGCUACUUCUCCAAGGAAAAACGCAGCCCUACUAACAACGUUAGUUGUAUUAUGACCCUUCCUGUCCUUCAAAGGAAGGGCUGGGGUAACUUGUUGAUCGACUUUAGUUAUUUAUUGUCGAAGAAGGAGAAAAGAGUAGGGACGCCAGAGAAGCCGUUGUCGGAUCUAGGUCUGCUGAGUUACCGCAACUACUGGACCCUAACGAUUGCGAAGUUCCUCCUGAAGAGUGAUCCGAAGGACCAAGUGACGCUGGAAGACAUCGCGAACGAGACGUCGAUAUCGCUGCUGGAUGUGUACUACACGUGUCGACACAAGCGGUGGAUCGAGGACGUGAAUCCGACGCCGGUCUCCACGGCGCCCGUCGCGGCGGCAGCGCACACGCCGGCGCCGAAGCGGAAGUCGCACAACUGGAACGGGCGGCGGAAGGUGCCGGCGCCGGGGACGACGAUAGUGCACCAGGGAUCUCCAGGGGUGGUGGGGGAGAACCAGGGGCCGCAAGCGGGCGGCGGGGCUGAGAAGGGGACGGGGGGCGGGCCGAAGCUGGUCAGUGAGCGGGAGAUCCCGAAGCACUAUCGGAUCGUCUGGACGCCUAGCGAGGUGGGCGAGCUCGUCGACAGGGCCGCCCAGAAGGGGCUGCUCCGGCUGCGCCCGGACAAGCUCCGCUGGUCGCCCUUCCUCGCCGCCCGGGCCAACAGUCUCUCCAUCGACAUCAGCCCCAUCGCCAUCCCCCUCGUCCCCGACACCGACCCUUACCUCCCCCCGGCCUCCUCCAUCAUCGCCCCUUCGUCCGCCAUCCGCGCCGGCCCCAGUCGCCCCUCCGUCGUCGACCUCGCCCGCAAUAAGCUGCUUCUCGAACGCACGAAUAGACUCACUCUCCCCGCCGACGCCGCCUCGCUCGGACCCCAGAUACCGAUCCAUUCGCUCUCCCUGCAGCCGCUCCAAUCGUCCAUCAACUCUUAG